AUGGUUAUAAAAGUUGGCAUAAAUGGUUUUGGCCGCAUAGGUAGAAUUAUGUUUAGAACUUGUUAUCAAAACUCAAAUGUUGAGGGUCAUAUGGCCGGCGAUGGCGUAAGACGCGUCGUUGUGACGGCGCCGAGCGUCGACGUGCCCAUGGUGAUAAUGGGGGUCAACGAAGAUAAACUGCAACCAGCGCAAGAUAUCUACGACAAACUGGACAGCACGAGUGCAACUAAUUCGGAGAAUUCGUUUGAUGUUAACGAAAAGCAAUCGCAAGUUAUAUACAUCAAUGAUCUGACUAAUUCUUUAGAAGACUUAGGACGCUUAGAGAAGAUUUGCAAAAUAAUCGAAAUUUCCGAUGAUUUGUCAGAUGAGUUGUUCGCAAAAUUGCAAGUCAAUGAUAGUGAAAAGUCAAAAAACAAUAAAUGGUCUUUUAAAGACCUUUGUGACAAAAUUGAUUUGGAUGAUUUUUGCAAUAAAACAUUCCGUGAAACAAAUGUG